CCAGUAUGUAUAACCCGGUGAACAAAAAAAUGUGACAAUAGCAAAGAGUAUUCUACGGGAAAUAUAAUGUCACUGUCAGUGUUGUAUUGUCUAUUGUCAAUGUCAGUUGGUCGCAAGUCAAAGUUAAAUUCCAAUCAAUUCCAUGUUCCUAUCAAUAAUGUAAACAAUGAAUUAAAUUGCUUAUCGAUUUUCUCUCGUUUGAUAAAUUCUAACUUUUAUUUCUAAAUAAAAAGUAUUAUUUUUAUAAUGGAUGAUUCCAAAAUUGAAACCCUUUUUGAUUUAAAUAAUGCUAUAUUUUCUAAUCAUUAUUUCUUAGUGGGAGGAGCGUUUCUCAUUUAUUUGGUGUAUCGAAUUUUUCAUUCUUUAAUUGCUGAUAAUAAUUAUAUGCGAACAAAAUAUCGGACCCGAGGUCAUACAUGGAGAAGCAUUCAGUGUAAUAAAUCUGUACCCUACAAUAUAUACUGCACAAAUUGUUGUAAGUUGAUGCUACCGGUAGUGGGACUCUUUUGUGAAUGUUGUGCUGUAAGUGCAUGCAAGAGAUGUCACAGAUCUAUUAAUAAAAAAAUAAGGUGUAAACCAGUAUCUUGGCCUGCUGAUAAACCGUUUUACCAUCAGUGGGUUCAUGUGGGAACGAGCCAAUCAGACAGUGAGGAUCACCAUGAAGAAGGUUUAAAAAAAUACUUCUGUACUUGGUGUCAAAGAACAAAAUUAUGUGCUCAUACACAAGUUCUUGAGAAUGAGCAAUGUGAUUUUCAAAAGUACAGGAAUAUUAUUAUUCCACCUGCAUGUGUACAGUUAGAAAGAGGAGUUGUUUCUAACAUUAAACAUCCAGGUGGCAAUGACUGGGAACCAUUCAUUAUAGUAGCUAAUCCCAAGUCUGGAAGCAACAGGAGUGAUGAAGUGCUAUCUCUAUUCAGGGGCCUGCUAAAUCCUAUUCAAGUGGUGGAUAUUAGUUCAACUUCUCCUGAGAGUGUGGUGCGAUGGCUGCCACCGAGAUGUCGCAUACUGGUCGCAGGUGGAGACGGCACAGUAGCCUGGGUUAUGAACUCGUUGUUCUCUUUUCCACAUGUCAAGGCUGCUGUUGCAAUUUUGCCCAUGGGCACUGGAAACGAUCUGUCUCGUGUGCUGGGCUGGGGCGCGGGCGGCCAUACCACUCUGGACGCACAUAACAUUAUCAACUCUGUAAGACAAGCCAAUCAUCAGCCAUUAGACAGAUGGAAAGUAACGAUAAUGCCGAAGCGCAGUAGACUAGCCCGGUACCGUCAGCCUCGCGUAUUGUACGCGUACAACUACGCCAGUAUUGGAGUGGACGCGCAAGUCGCUUUGGACUUCCACCAUGCACGCUCGCAGUUUCUUUACAGAUACGCGAGUCGAACGCUUAAUUAUAUGGCUUACGCAUUCCUGGGAGUGGGACGUGCGCUAGACGAUGGCAUGGGAAGCGAAGAUGACGUGGGAGAACAAAGCAUCCAUGAUGGAAAACUGGAGGUGGUUGGAAUUUCAUCUUCAUUCCACAUCGCAAGGUUGCAGUGCGGUUUAGCAGAACCCUAUCGUUUUGCACAAGCAUCUAGCCUGAAGAUUGAGUUGGAAGGAUCAUGUGCCAUGCAAGUGGAUGGAGAGCCUUGGAUGCAGGGUCCCGCUACUAUUUUAAUUGAGCCCGCUGGUCAAAGCCUUAUGCUGCGGGCAAUCGCAAAACAGCGACGAAGUGAAUGAUCUGCAUACAAUACAAUUAAGAAAACACUGGGCAAAAUAUCCAGUGCUUUAAACUAUGAACCUCAUUUGGCUUUAUAAUUACUUAAUUAAUUCUAGAUUGAAAUGUAAGGUGUUAGUUAAGUAAUAGUGUUUGACUCGUUAUUAUUUAAAUUAAAAUGAAAACUCCCACCACUAAUUUUAGUACCAUUGUUUGAUGCACACUUUAUUUAUGUCUGUUAAAAGAGUACGGCAAUAUAAUAUAAAUUUUAAAAAUUGUCUUAUUUAUUCUGUACUUAUUCAUCAACGUCAUUCCGAUUCCGUAACCUCUUGUAACGUUUAUUACGUGCGGUGUUCCACAGGGUUCGGUACUGGGACCGCCCCUGCAGAAGAUCCUGUACUGUCCUUGUCUGGAUGAAUCACAAACUAACAUUGCCUUACGUUAUUAUUUUUCGAUUAAGUCACCACGAGUCAUGCAGACACUUGUUACUUUCUAUAAUCUAUACAGGUACGAAAUUACAAAAUGGUAAAAAUUAAACAAUGUUUAAUAACAAGAAUUUUAAUAUACAACCACCACAUGGAAUUCUAAAUAUCAUCUAACACUACUGAAUAAGUCCUAUGACUAAUUGGACACAUUUCGUCUAGUGUAGAAGGUAUAUUCCCUAAAGUACACAACAGUAACAUUUAGGGCCGAUUUUUCCAACGCCAGAUAAAUUUUAACUGUGGUACAGUUGAACCUUUGACAAUUCUUCCAUACUAAAAACUGCCAAAUGUGAAUUUUAUGUACAGUAAAAAGUUAACUGAUGAUUGAAAUAUCGGCCCUUAAACAAGUACUAUACAUUUAUAACUUAUCAAUUGUAAAUUGUGACUAUCUGACACAGAAUAAAGGUCAAGAACACAGAUCGAGCAUAUUUAUUAUGUGGUCGAUAUUUUUUAGGAUAGGGGAUUGGACACAAUCUGAUGUAUGGCUACCAGCAUGUCUUUAUGAUCUCUUCUAACAACGGUUUCGAGUAAUAAUCUUACACACAUUUGCUUGGACAUAAAGUAAAUAAAACAUAAUAUAUAUACAUAUUUCAAACAUAGUGCCCCACAGUAUAACAUUUCUGAGAUAUUUAAGUUUGGGAUCACAUGUCAAAAACUAAUGUAAUUAUAAUGUUUAUGUUUAG